AUGUCCGGGGCAGAACCUCCCCACGGCGGCGACGCACCGCCACCAUACUCAGAGACAGACAUCUACUCCAACUCUGGUUCAGGCGCCGCCGCCUCGGCACCGCCCACAGUCGCCGACGAUGUCGUUUCCCGCAUGUCGUCGUCGAAUGAGGAAAUCAUCUAUACGCCCCCAGAGACUCCCCGCACAAACAGCAUUGGCGACGACGUUAUUACCGGCGUUCCGCAGCCCGGCGCCGACCUGUACUUUGAGACCAGACCCCCGCCUUCGCCAGACGUCAUUCCACAGUCGACGCUUGUACAUGCGCUCCAACUCGAAACGCAGUCUCUUCCGGAUGACUUUCCCUUUCCGAGCGACUGGGAGAAGCGCGACAUCAACGCGCAGGACUGGGCUACCUUUAUCAACUUUUUGCUGCCAGAUCACACCACGCGGGGCAACGAUGUCAUCUUGGAGCGCAAGUUGCGCGCCGAGGCAGAAAGCGAGUCCGGCGAAAGUCUGAGCAGCGGGCGCUCGCAGGCUCAGCUCCAAAGACACCAGCUGCGCACUGCCGGCCCGGAGGGUCUUCGGGAUGAGGUUCAGCGACGGGCGAAUGCGCUAGCGACCGUGCAUGAAUGGAACCAGGGGUUUUUUAAGCCUCGAGGUAUAACCAUUAGCAUUGCCCCUAGCGGGGACGACUACGAAGCUGAUCACAACGCAAACGCAAGGGACUGGCAAGAUGAGGCAGCGCCUGGUGGUGGUAGCUGGUGGCCGAACCCGGCGUCCUUCAGGAUGGACGCCGGCGGCAUCACAUGCGGCAAAAGUUUUGUCAUGGACUCCCGCGGUAUUCGUCUCGGUUCUCUUAUUAUGGAUGCCCACGGGAUCCGCACGGCGAGCCACGAAGACGAUGCGCCGCGGACGUCACAAGAUGCAGGGGUGGGAGCGUCAACGCGUAGGAUGCCAGGUUUUUCGGGACCUGAACCUGAGCGCGGGAGAGCUCGAGUCACCGGAAACACCAACGGCAAAGGCAAGGACGCGGCGCGGGAUACGUCCGUCUCCUCGGCUUCCUCGGUUUCGUCUGCGUCAUCAGCUUCCAGCGUAUCCUCGCUUGAUUCACUACCUGACCACGAUGACGUCCGCGAGGCGCAACUACCUGCCUAUAUCAACAUUCUGCGGGAUUGGACAUCCAAUCCCAAUCACCUGCGCACCAAUAUCGAUGUUUUAUGGCUCAAGAGUGAGCUCAAACUCGCCAGGUUCCACGUUGCAGAUCCGCAUGCCGAUGAAAAGGAGCUCAAGGCACAAAUCAAGGUGCUUUUGAAGCAGUGGAAGCAGAUUCAGCGUGAGCAGCGCAAGACGCAGCGAGAUACUCGCAUGGCGCGGAAGAAGCAGCGACGUCAAGAAAAGCGUGAGCGCAGGCAGCGGAAGAGAGACGUGAAGAGAACACAAAGGGAUCUACGACGGGCGGCGAGAGACGUGCGAAGGCAUGGUGGCCACAUGCCCACCAGGCCUUGUAUGCCGCCUAUGCCACAUGGUCCAUCCAUGCCUUCAAUGCCUCCCAUGCCAUUGAUGCCGCCGAUGCCGUAUGCAUCAGCAAUGCCGGCCAUGCCUCAGGAGAUGCAUGACCCACCAUCUAUGCCCUUCCAUGGCCACCGCCCUUACCAUCAUCAUCAUCAUCAGACUGGCCCCUUUGGCAGCAGAGGCGGCUGGCCUCAUCAUGCACGUGGCGGACUCGGACGGGGUGGCUCUUCCGGCGCUUGGCCCCCACGCGAGCCUCCUCCAACACAUGUUUCUUGGGCCGGACGUCGCGGACCACCUGGUCGUCGCGGCGGGGGGCCUGAUGGUGGUGAUGGAGACAACAAAGAUGGGGCGGCGCCGGCGCCGGCGCCCAACCCUGCCGUCGCAGCCAAGUACACGGCAGCCCGGAGCAUCGAAGACGCUAUCCGUGAGCAGCAGGACAAGGCCGACAAGAUGGAGGACGGGCCUGGAAAAGACGCGAUUCGCAGUGCGAUUGCGGCCAUGACGCAGUCUCUAGGGUCGCUGCGAAUGGAUGCCGAUGCAGAGUAUGCUCGCCAUAUCGCGGGCUCGCAUAUUGCUCAAGAGAGAUCCGUCAUUACGACGGCUACGAGCUGGAAUUCUGCCAAUGAUUGUAAGUUUGCCGUGCGCGCUCCCCCCCCCCCCUCUCAUCAGCUCUGA